CCCCACACAACCCUGACAUCACCAUGCCCCGAAAACUCGGGAUAUCGAAGAGGGGUCACGUGGCGUCUUGCUUGUUCGAGAUGCAGAACCCGCGAUCAGUUAAAGCCAAGACGAGUGCCCAGUAUAAAGAUAAAGUUCACCACAUCACCGCCCCCGAUGACAUAACCUCAAAAGGGGCACCUCGAAGCUUAAAACAACCACAUUCUAUCUUCAUCCUCUACACAGGUUCAAGUUAACCAUCACAAGCACCCACAACAACACAAGUCACCACCCAACAUGUCAUCCUCAGGACACUCCAACGUCGGCUUCCGCGGCCUCUACGAGUCGCAGAACCAGCGGACCCAUUCGCACGACGAGAUGGACCAGAUGUCAAAACACACGGGCGAGAACGUGAGGGGCUUUAUGCCGAAGGGCCAGGCGGAGGAAGUCAACCGGCUCCAAACAGAAGAGAUACAUAGGAAACAAGCGGAGAACAUGAAGAAGGACCCCACUCUGGCUGCAACACUCCAUGGCAACGCGCCGGCCAAAGGAGCUAUCAUCGACAAGGAACUGCAAGAGGAGGACGAGGCCGCGCUGCGGAGAAAGAGUGAUUCGCUGCCGGGGAAGAAGUAUUAGGUCUGGUCGUCAAAGCUGUGGGUGGUACAGUAGGUUGGGUCGGGAUGCGGGUCCCAUUCGAGUUGAGGACAGCUCUGGGUGAUAGAAUAGCUGAAUGGAAAGAGAAUGACUCGGUAUUUAGCUGCAGGAUUGUAUCACGGACGAGCUUGGACGCAAUGCUAGUACCUUGACUCCCU